AUGCUUACUUCCGAUGUGAUUGCUCAGGGUCGCAUAUUCUGGCUUAUGGAUCCAUACAAAGAUCAAGACUCAGACGACCUAGACAACCCGGAAUCGACCCACGAUAAGAAGAGUAACCUGCAACGAUACAUAAAACCGGGCCAAUUCACAACCCUAGUUUCAGCAGCAUUUACAUGUGACGCCACAACGACAUUGAAGAUCUUUACAGAACUCGUUGACGCUCACAAGGUUACGAGACUCGCAUUUACAGAAACAAAGCAAGAAAAGUCCCCUGGCGUCUCCGAUACAGUGGGGGAAUCCUGA